UUUGAGGGAGGUUUCCUGUUUCGACUAUCGACGAGCAGAGAGGUAUUUUUGUCAUUCAAGUCUGUAUUUUGUCUACGUGUAAAAUCAACAUUUAAUUGUCAUUUUCUUUGUAUCGAAUUGAAAUAUUCGAAAUAAAAACAGAGUCAGUGAAGGGCGCAAUAAUGACGGACAGUCAAUAUGCUGCUUAUCAGCAGCAACAGCAGAAUUAUGGACAAUAUAGUCAGCCUCCUCCAGUAACUCAGGAUACAUCUUAUCCACCUCCAUCCGGUGCAUCAACUAACUACAGUCAAUAUAGUCAACCACCGCCAAGUGGUGGAAAUUAUCAAAAUUACAAUAGUAGUUAUGGAAGUAACAGCGGUGGUCAAGAUUAUAAUCAAUCGCAAAGUCAAGGCAGUUAUGGCCAAAGUAGUUAUGGAUCUGGAAGUGGAGGUUCUAGUAACAACAAUAGUAAUAAUUAUGGAAGUAGUAGUUAUGGAGGCAGCAGUGGAGGUGGUGGAGGCAGUGGCGGAGGAUACAGUAGAGGAGGAGGUUCAGGAGGUUAUGGUAACAGUCAGGGAGGAGGUGGAGGUGGUGGUGGUGGUGGUGGCAACCGAUAUGGUGGCGAUCGAGGAAGCUAUGGGGAUCGUUCAGGCGGCGGAUACAACAGUGGCGGUGGCCGUGGUGGUUAUAACAAAGGAGGAUAUGGCGGUGAUCGAGGAGGUGGCGGCGGUGGUGAUGGAAUGGUUACUCAAGAUGAUACGAUUUUUGUCUCUGGAAUGGACCCAACAGUAUCCGAGGAAGAAAUUUGCCAGCAUUUUGGAGCAAUUGGUCUUAUUAAGAAUGACAAAAAGACCGGUAAGCCCAAAAUUUGGGUGUACAAAGAUAAGAAUACUGGCAAGCCAAAGGGAGAGGCCACAGUCACUUAUGAUGAUCAAAAUGCAGCACGAUCAGCAAUAGAAUGGUUCGACAAUAAGGAUUUUAAGGGAUAUACUAUUAAAGUACAAAUCGCUCAACACAAAAGUAAUUGGUCGGGAGGUCGUGGAGGUGGUGGUGGUGGUGGUGGCGGCGGUGGCCGCGGUGGUGGUGGUGGACGAGGUCGUGGAGGCGGUGGAUUUGGUGGUGGUCGCGGAGGCGAUCGUGACGAUAGCCGAGGAGGCGGUGAUGAUAGACGUGACGGAGGCGGACGAGGUGGCGAUUGGAAGUGCUCGAAUCCAGACUGUGGCAAUACGAAUUUUGCUUGGCGCGAUCAGUGCAAUUUGUGCAAGAGCUCAAAACCUGAGGGAAUGGGAGGAGGAGGUGGCGGCGGCGGUGGUGGCCGUGGAGGAAGAGGAGGUGGAGGCCGCGGUGGUGGAUUCAGAGGUGGAGAUCGCGGCGGUCGUGGUGAUAGAGGCGGACGAGGAGGAGGUGGCGGUUUCCGCGGUGGUGAUCGAGGUGGUCGUGGAGGAGACAGAGGAGGUCGCGGAGGUGAUAGAGGAGGUGGCCGCGGAGGCAGAGGUGGUCCAAUGAGGGGUGGCUCAAGAGGAGACAGGGAUCGCGAUCGUCAACGACCUUACUAACUCGAGAAUGAAGAUCAUCAUGCAUCUGCGAGUAAAUUUUUUUGCAAAAGCGUGUAUAUUUUCGAAAUGACGUCUCAAAAAAACAUGUAUAAUUUUUUUUUCUCUUUUUUUUUACGUUUUAUUAAAAAAAAAAAAAUAAUUUUUUUUUUUGUACUUUGCAAUGUAAUAAGUGACUCUCGUGUAAACACAAUCGAAAAUGUGAUUGUUUGAAAUCGAUCAGUACAUAUGUACCAUUCUUAAAUUAAGGUUUUUUUUUUUUUUGUAGUUGUCAGUCAUUAUCAUCAAUUAAGAGUUAAAGUACGACUGGUAAAAAAUACAUAAUAGUUGACACACACACACACAUAGUUUUAUUAAGUUUAGAAUUGUAAUGAACUAUUUCUCAGUCAGCAACGUAAUAAUAACGUAUGCUAUAUGUAAGUUUUUAAAACUAGAUGUGAACACUUUAGAUGUGUAAAAAAAAAAUGAAAUAAAUAACUGUAAUGUAUUAUAACCAA